CCACCUCUUUCUCCUUUACCACCACCACCACAUCACCAUCGCAGCAAUGAGCAGUGUUUUUGUUCCAGUUCGCGUCGUUUCUCUCCUUCGAAGUCUUGUCAACGUUAUUUCCACUAUAUCUAUCUCAAAUCAAUACUUACUGAAGCAAGGGGCCAAAACAGAGGACCAGGAACCUCGAGAACCGCCAGCGUCAUGGAUGUCGUUGGACUGGGAAUGGUGGAAGAGUGGCGACCGGUGGUACUGGAAUUUAGGAAGGCCAGAGUCGGGCAUUCUGCACGCCAGAGCUUUUCAGUGGUCAUGGAGUUCUUUUACUUUGGCUUCUCUGACAGAACUACGGAACAAUCAAUCAUACGAGCCAGUUCAGAUGCCCCCGUCGCGAAAAUUGCCUUCGGACCCCCCGCCGGAACCAGACGCGAUUUCUCAGGACACUAUCCAUCAAUUGAUACGGAAUCCAACGCUUUACAACCCCCUCAGAACCCCUCGUUAUCCCAUUGUUCUGUGCCAUGGUCUCUACGGCUUUGACGAACGUGGCCUGUCCUCCUUUCCUAGUAUGCGCAUGCAGUAUUGGUCAAAUGUUCUUCGAAUACUCCGAAAAACCGUUGGCGCAGAAGUCAUAGUCACCGCUGUUCCGAGUACCGGGUCAAUAGCUUCUCGCGCAGAAAGUCUAGACCGGCAGCUUUGCGACAAGGCUCUGGGCCGCGGCAUCAACUUACUGGCCCAUUCGAUGGGUGGUUUAGACUGCAGACAUCUUAUUACACACGUCAAGCCGUCAGAAUACACGCCGCUAUCGUUGACUACAGUGAGCACUCCACAUCGUGGUAGUCCCUUUAUGGACUGGUGCGCAGAGAAUAUCGGCAUUGGAAGAUUAAUUCAACGUGAAGGGGAACGUCUCGCGAAGACCAUCGAGUCGCACGACGAGUCUGCUAAAGUGCCGAUGCCAGAACCCGCGAGCGAGAAAACGAACUCCAAUCCUUUUUAUUCACUCUCCUUCUCUUCCCUUCCAUCAUCCUUCACUACACUCCUUAUAUCUAUUCUGGAUUCUCCCGCAUAUUCGAACCUUACUUCUACGUAUCUCAACACUGUGUUCAACCCGAAUACACCCAACAGUCCUGCAGUGAAGUACUUCAGUGUCGCAGGACGGAUGCCAAACGUGAACCUAUGGCAUCCAUUUUGGCUACCCAAGAUGGUUCUGGACGGCGUAGAAAGGAAAGAGAGAGAACGAUUGCGUGACGUCGGAGAGAAUACAUGGUCGCAACCCGAAGAAUGGGGUCAUGACGGUUUGGUCACAGUACAAAGUGCAAAGUGGGGGGAAUUUCUCGGGGUCAUGGAAGGUGUAGAUCACUGGGAGAUUCGAGGGGCUAGAGGAUUAGAUAUCGGUGGCGACUUUUUCAGUUCUGGCGAAGGGGAAGAGGGUCAGAACAGAGACUGGGCAUGGUUAGCGAAGGCUUCUAGGAAGGAAAAGGCAGCUUUACAGGAGGAAUCAGAGAAAGCUCCCCGGACCAAGAUUGAACGACAGCAGGCGAGAGAUUUGGAGCGGCAGAGAGAUGACGAUGUUGUUAAAGCAUCAACGGACAAGCUUUCGGCGGUGUUUGACUGGAUAGUCGAGCAGGUACCAACACCAACGCCGUUGCUAAAGAAGGACUGCGGCAGUGAGGUUUCUGAGAAGAAGGAAGUCAAGGCACGGAAUGAUUUGGCGACGAAGAAGGAUCUAGAGAGAUUCUAUGUGGCAUUGUCGAGGAAGAUGUACGAUGAGGGACUGUGAAGUGAACAAGCUAAGUAAUAUAUAAUCUGGUGAGCGUAAUAUCAUUUGAUGCGCAGGAAUGCCUUCGGCACUCCCAAAUUAUAAGGCAAACUUUGAAAUAUCUCGAAAAAGGUAGGGGGAGAAGGGCCCGCCGUCAUUGCUAGAAAGCAAAGCAAAGUCCAUUUCCUUAGAUUCACUGGUGCGCUGAUUGCCG